AGCGCUAUGGCUUCAGUCCUGACGCAAGAUCUUGGGCCACUAUUAGUCUUCGGAUAAAGGAAGGAAAUACAAGGCUUUGAGGUCCGAGAAGUAGGAUUAAUUGCGACAGUCCUUGCGGAUCACAAGCUGCAAUAAAACCGGGAAAAUGGCUGCUAAUAAGGCGAAGAAAGUUACAAAAAUGGCCACGAAAGCAUGUCCGGAUUGUGACCAACAGAUUCCCGUUGCCUGUAAAUCAUGCCCUUGUGGAUUCAUUUUUAUAAGUAGAAGACUGCUGAAUGCUAAACAGACUGAAAAAUCACCGCCACCUAAUUUAGACAACAAGUCAGCAGCUAAGAGAAGGAGAACAGAAAGAGCGCGUCGAGAGAAAGCCAAUUCUCCUCUAACCAAAGAUUUGGAAAACAGAAAGCGCUCUAGAUCAGAGAGCCAUUCUGAGCAGAUUCGGCGGCGGCGAGGGCGACCAAAAACUGGCCCAAGCAAAAAACACGAUGACGAUAAAGAAAGGCAAGAAAAAGAAGUUGAUGUAUAUGCCAGUCUUUCAGAUGAAAGAGCCUUUGUAUUUUCAGUGGCGUUGGCAGAAAUAAACAGAAAAAUAAUUAAUCAGAAAUUAAUUCUUUGACAAAGCAUGCAAAGGUGAGAGAUAACCACAACUCAGGACUCAAACUCUUGCUCCGUUUGUUUCACCAAUGUGGACCUUGUACUAUGGCAUUUUCUAGCAAUAUUGUGGAAACCUGAACCUUGCUGUCGGACUCCUUUUUACCUUGCUUAAUUGUCAGAUGACUGCUCGUAACAGCAAAACUUUCAGAGGCCAUGGAUGUGGACAUGCAGUAGUUUGAACUUGUACACCAAAGCGGAAGAAGACAAUUCUUUAAAUUCCAAUCUCACUUUGUACAAAAAUAAUGCUACGUUGAACUUGGAAGAGUAACGUGGUUUGAUGCAUUGACCAAGAAACGGGUGAAGUAUAGGAAAUAUUUUCUUCCUCAUCAGUUUCAGCAGGUGAUCAGAUUAAACCAAGAAAGGGAACAUAAGUUGUUCCUGUAGUGUAUUUGGAAGGACCUAGAAAUUAUUAAUUCUUGUUUCAGAUGCACAUUUCUUUCUGUAUUUUACCUUAUUUAUGACAUUGAGUGCAUGGAAGUAUUCUCUGUUCUGAUCGGUGUAAUUAGUCUAACACUGCAAAUAAUCAUAAAAUACUAUAAUAAAAAAAAGUCUUAAGUUUCAUACAUCUUUUGAUCUAUUUUCAAUUUUAAGUGUAAAUAGUAAAUUUUAACUUUCGUAGUUUGACACUAGCAUAAAUUAAUCCCAGGAAUCUACUGCAUGUAGUCCAACAAUUUUUGGAGUUAUUUUAAUAUUUUCCUCUGUAAUAAAUGCAUUUAUUUACAUUAAUGUGUGGCAUAAAUAGACUUUUGGCAUGAAGGCUGAAGUAAGAAGCUGCACUUGUGAACUUGAUUGUCAGUUUCCUUCCUGGUGAUGUUUAAUUGAUGCAUAUCCUUUCAUUUACAUUGUCGAUAUGAGGAUAUUGCUAGUAAGAGAAAUGGACACACAGUGGGAUUCUGAUGGGCAUAAAACAUGUUGCAACAGGACCCAACCAAAUACUGUUCAAGAGGUGAUAGAAUUGUAGUAUCCUUAUGAAACAGAAAGAAGCUAUCCAAUUCAUUGAGUACUUACAGCCUUUCUGCAGAGCAAUCACUCAGUUUCAUUACCCUGCUCUUUUCCUGAUGGUCUGCAAAUUAUUCCCUCGAAACCCCUUUUGAAAGCCCUGAUUGACUCACUUUCACCUCCCAAUUGUAGAAACCAAGUGUUCUGUUGUAAUCACAUUGUAUUUAAAAAAAAGUUAUUGCUCAAAUCCAUUCUGUACUCUUUCUUCCUUCUGCCCACCCCAUACCCUGCCUUGUCCUUUGUCUAUCACUAUAAAUCUGCGUUCCCUGAAACAUCUGAUGGGAGCAGCUUCUCUCUAUUUAAACCUGUCAUGAUCUUAAAUUUAAAAAAAAUUUUAUUUACAGCGUGGUAACAGGCCCUUCCGGCCCAACAAGUCUGCGCCGCCCAUUUUAAACCCAAAUUAACCUACCCGUACGUCUUUGCAAUGUGGGAGGAAACCAGAGCACCCGGAGGAAACCCACACAGACACAGGAGAACGUACAAACUCCUUACAGACGGCGAUGGGAAUUGAACCUCGAUCACUGGCGUUGUAAUAGUGUCGCGCUAACCGCUACGCUACCGUGCCGCCUUUUUUUUAGAAGCUUUUGCUCCAAAGAGAACAUCUCCAGAUUCUUGGGUGUAAACUUCUUUAAAUUCUUAUUUUAAUAGCUUUUAUGGCUUUUAUAACUAAAUAGCUGAAAUCCCUUAUCCUAGGAACCAAUAUUUUCUCUACUCAGUCUUGAACUUUUGCUUGCUUCCUAAAGUCAGCAGACUAGAAUUAGACCCACUCAU